AUGGCGCAAGCGAAGCUCGACGUGCCGGAGAAAUCUGGCGGCGGCAUUAAAGAGAAGAAUAAGGAUUCCGAGGAAAAGGAAGGUCCCACUGUUGUGCCAGAAUGCGCAGUAUGCCUGCAGCCUUGUAUCCAUCCAGCACGAUUAUCCUGCAGCCAUAUAUACUGCUAUCUGUGCGUAAAGGGUGUCGCUAAUCAGAGCAUGCGGUGUCCGAUGUGUCGUCAAGAGAUCUCACCGGAUUUUCUCGAGAGACCUCAGCUGGUGGAAGUGGAGGAGCCUCAGAAGGAGUCGGAACAUCCUGAGGAAGAGUACCAAUGGUUUUACGAAGGUCGAAAUGGUUGGUGGAAAUAUGAUCCGAGGACAAGCAAUGAUCUGGAGACUAUUUACAAACUAGAGGACGCGCAAUGCGAACUUUUGAUCUGUGGCAUGCUUUACGUAAUUGACUUUGAAAAGAAAUGUCAAUAUAGAAAAUACAACCCACGUUACAAACGUAAUAUCAAACGUGACAGAAAAGAUGCUCCGUGCAAGGGUGUCUCGGGUGUACAAUAACAUUUGUAAAAUGGAUUAUUUGUCCGUUAAGAUC